AUGGGGCAAAACAAUCCAGAUGAGAGGCGGAUAUAUUUGGCCUGCCAGCAUAUCUUUCGUGGCUCUAACUCUCAGGUGAGAAAGUUGAAGACCAUCAAAGGCUUAAUCAAACAAAAUGAGCCGGCCCUCGCCGAUAUCCUUCUAGAAUACGAUAUCAAUCGCACGAGCAAUGUCGCCAAGAAGCUCCUUGAGGGUGAGGUUUUUGAUUCGACUUUGAAAGCCAAGAUUCGAUUUCCGGAGUUAUUCGAUGUUUCGCCUACUCAGAGUGCUGAGAGAGAGGUUUCAGAGGCAGUGGCAGCAAAAGAUGAGGCUAAUACGGUCAGGGAGAUAUCUGACAAGGAUGCUUCAAAAGAGACGGCCGUCAUUUCUCCUACUGAACUCCAAGAUAGAGAGGCAUCCGUUGGGCGGUUCUGUCCUACAACAGUUCAGUCGCUGUAUCCGGUUUACAUUCACUAUCGACGUCAGCAUCUGGUCUUGACCACGAUACAAGAAUUACUUGAGGAAAGUUGCUUCGACUUUGCCUUGCGACAUUUUCCUCAACUUCUGGCACAAAAUGGAUGGGAUUGUCCCGAAGCUGUUGAGCUUACCGAAUGGAUCAAAAUACUCUCUUGCAACUCAACCAAGCCGAUCAAAAUUCUGAAAGCCCCCUUGGAGGAAUUUAUUGGUCUACUUCGAGAGCUUCGACAUUCUGCUGUGCACCGGCUUCGAAAGACCGCAGCUGGAGUUGAACGACUUGUUGAAAAUGCAGAACUUUUUUUGCAAGCUUUAGAAGAUUCCACUCGGUCGGAAAAGGUCGGCAGUCUUCGGAGAGAGCUGCGAUAUACGAUUGAAGAACUCAAGCGCAACAAAGAUCUAUUUGAGAGAAGGUUACUUGCGCAACUCGGGGAGAUACAAAAUAUGCGUAAUGAAUUGGAUGAUCGGGAAAAAAACGUUAAGGAAGCAAUGAUUAGGGAGGACUUACAAUGUUCGAGUGAUAUUGGUGAAGGUCUGGCAAGGUUUGUUCGACAAGUUAAAAUAAAGAAUCCAAAAGAAGCCGAAGAGGAGGAUAUUUCAUCUGAUAUGUGUUCAAAUUCGUUGGAUUCGGAGGAGGAGUUCUUGGAUUAUGUUUCAAUAGACUCAGAGUCCUAA